CUACUUUUCCUCUCUCUACUCAGUGGUUUACUUGUCUCGCUACAAACACACGAAGCUCAAGUUUCUGGGCAAUUAGUUUCCUAGGGAGGCAGUCUUUCUGGUGAGUGUGACAUUACUAGUAUCGUGAUAGAAGUCUAAUGGCACAUUCAACAAGCUUGAUCUUUAUGGGCCUCAGUUUUGGUCCACUUCCUAAAACCAAAGUCAGUGUAUCUGGAAGGCUUGUCUCCAGAUCUUCAGCAGGACUUCGCAUUCGGGCGGUGCAAGAGAAUGGUGGACCACGUAGACUAGUGGACAUUAUUAGACUUGUGCCUGAGUUCUCAAGGAAUUACUUCAGAAGUCCUUCUCGCAGGGCUCUGUUUGGUGGAAUCUCCUUGUUGGGUGGAUUUUAUGUUGCACAAACAAUCUCUCUCUCUUUUGGAGCUCUAGGAGUCAAUGAUGUUAUUGCUGCUGUGUUAUGUGUUCUUCUCACAGAAUAUGUGACCAAGUUUUAUUACAGCCGACCAAAAGUUACUUUCCCAGUUGCCCUUCUCAACAACUUUAAAAUGGGUUUCACCUAUGGACUCUUCAUUGAUGCCUUUAAGCUUGCCAGUUGAUCUUUAACAUCACUGCAACUACUGCUUAGCUGGUUACUCUCCGAAAUUGGUUUGCUUCUGUUUAACCACCAAGCGUGUACAUGUCAGAACUGGUCAUCAUAUAAAUGCAACUAUUCAAGAUACUUGUUACUUGGUUGCCCUCCAAAAUUAGUUUGGUUUUGUUUGAUAUCCACGCUUGGAAAUGUUAGAAUUGGCCCUAGAAUUACCCCUAUCCCUAUAUUCUUUGUAUAUCAGCCAUAAUUCACGUAAUAACAUAUCAAUUGUAUUUCUUCUAUUUUCUUUGUAAUUUGUUUGGCUAUUCUGAUCUUUUUCAUUAUUUUUGUACCUGUUAGGCUCCAAAAAACUGUAUACCUCUUUAGGCUUUAUAUUUGGGCCACAAACCACAUUCUGAUCACAUUUUUUUUAUUUGGGUGAACCUUGAGGGUAAAUGGCUUACAGAGGGAGGAUAACUCUAAUGGUUUCCCGUAUAGUGGAUGA